AUGCCGACUCCAAUACGUCUGAUCAUCAGCUUUGUGCUAUACGGGUGCUUAAUUCAAGAUUCCUUUGGAGGACCAUCUCUAACGCCAAAAGUCACAGAUGCGCUCGUAGGUGAUAUAGAUCGAUCUCCCUAUGUAGCUUCAAGCUCUACGUCAAGUAGUUUUCCACUAACCUGGAGUGAAGAUGAAUCGAGUUCAAUGGAUGCUACAUGGAGAACUCAUCGACCAAUCAUACGACAAGAUGAAAUAAGUUCAGUUGGCACUUCUUCGCACCGCAGUGACGCAAAAUCUUUUUCAUCAAGCGCAAGCGAUUUCUCAUUUCAAUAUAAUCAUGAGCUGACACCACCAGAUUCUGAACCUCCUAAAGGCUUUACAUGGCGCGCAAAGCCGCUGCAAGAGGCUACUUCAUACUCGAGCUUCAAUAGGUACGAUGAAUCCCCGUCGGAAAAAAUUCUGCGAGAGGUAUUGGCAAUGAAACAAAAGAUAGCCACACGCGAGGACUAUGUAACCUCGACUUCAGACAAGAAGAAAUCCAAGAAGGUCAACUUCAAAUCGUUAGUCAAGGCUAUCAUGAAGUUCAGGUCUAAGUCGCCUCGUCCACCCCCACCCAAUACUGUCGAGCACGCAAGCAAUCUUCCGGUCGCAGACGUCAAGAAACCGCUUGGCAGAGUCACUAGAAACUAUCUAAAUCUACUUCGUGACCCUCAGUCUGUACAAAUUGAAAGGGAAAUUGAAUAUUUGGAGGUCUCGAGGAUUUUAGCAAAUCACCUAAGCACAGGGGAGGAAGUAGACAUUGAAGAUAAUUUUCGUAGUCUUUCCGAGUUUUGCACGGAGUGGAUCAUGAAGCAUCCCUCGAAUCAGUUACCAAAGAUUUAUGGUGGGACUCAAGACUUGAAGGAUGAGGUUUCAAAGCGACUUUCUUCAUUAGCUUCUUAUACACGUUCCUUGGACUCCCUUUCCGCGAUGUUUUCGGAGAACGAACUUCUGAUCAAGCAAGCAACAAGCGACAUAAUUCAAGUUUUCGGGGAUCAUGCAAGUGCCGUCCAGUCACUCAAGUCUAUGAAAGGAUGGAGAGAGAUCAAGACAUAUCAUGUUUUGGAGCCUUUCCCACAUCUUUCAGUAGUAGCUAGGCUAUUUAGCCCGGCUGGCUUGAGAGCCCCCGAUUCUAGUUAUAGUUUACUUGGACUACAGACAGUUAGCCCUAUAUUGAGUCGAGAAUGGGGCGUAAAUGACCAGCAAGUUGAAACUUUGAUAAGAGUCAGAAGGUUCGUUGAGAUAUGCGUCUCCAGAAUGAAAACUCCAGCGAUUCAAAAACAAAAACGAUUAGAUCUAGAGGAAUGGCUUGCUAAGAUCACUCACGAAUUAGAUGUCGCGGUUGCAACUUCGCGUUUCGUUGACUUUAGAGUCAUCUUGUCCACCAUUCGGGAAGAUUUAGACCCUUAUCCCAGUCUUGCUUUGAUUCUAGAGCAGUUUUCACUCACCCUCCCCGUCAGCUAUUUUGAAAGGACCGAAGAAACGAGGGAGACAUUUCCUUCCACCGAGGACAUCAUUGAACGGAUUAAGAAACGUGCUAGCCGUCUGGAAACAUAUAUCGCGUCCCUACCUAUGGGGGAAAUACUGAAGAUUAGUACUCCAGACGUCAAGCCUGCACCACGGUCACUGGAACAAGUAGGCCAGGAGACCACCCGAGAUUCAACCCCAGCUCGGGAGAGGAAAUCAGUAAAAGAGCUUGAAGACGAGGACGAGAGUUUUCUCGAGAAUCGUUGGAAAGCUACCGUAGCUAAAAAGAAUCUUAAGAGUACCUUUCAAAGAGGUGUCCGUCAACUCAUAGGAGGUUUUAAGGAUAAUAGUGAGAUUAUCCAGGGAGAUGCAUAUAUUCACAUAGCGAAUACCUUGGGAAAACAUGAGAGGCUUGAGCAUCUUGUCGAGCUGUUUGACCCCGAAAAACUCAAAGGGUCCACACUGAAUUCAGACCUUCUCGAGAUGUCGACGAUAUGGCCAACAUCCUUGAAUGCCGAUUUUGAGGGCAACAUAGUGCAUAAGUAUAUAGAUCGUUUGAGAGGGAUCUUGAAUGAAGAAUUAGAAAGACUGCUGCCCCAGUACAAAACCCAGUUUGACCAGGAAGUUGCAGGCCAAUUAGGCAUGUUGGAAAACUCAUUGAAGGAUAGCUUUCAACUUGGAGAUGAACUCACCGAGUCGACGCAAUACAAGAUUGAGCAAUGGAUUGAGAAACAAGCAGGUAUCUUCCCAAAAGACUGUGAGUCAUUUUGUUUCGGUCUAAUCCUCAAUUACCGUGUUGGAUCGGAACUGGUAACGAAAACUCAUUGUGAUAUAUCUACAGCGAUCGAAUCCCACGCUGAAGUACUGCUUGAUAUCUUUGGACCUAUGGAUAGGACCAGUGACAUAUCACCGGAAUCUUGGGCUUCAGUUUUAAAGAACCCUACAGAGCAAGUUCCGAAGCUACGUGAAGUAGCUUACCAAUUUCAUCAUGCUACGUUGACGCAGUUGAACAUUGCAAAAGAGUGGCAAUGGACUCUGAGUUUGAUUGCUGAAGGUUGGUCGCCAGAAUUGAUGAGGCUUCUUUUAGACGGCGCCAAAAAGAGUAUCGAACUGAACCCAGGCAGUCAUUUGGCUCACUUGGGUCAUUGA